GUUGUGAUUAUUUUCUGAGGCUUUACUCAUCAGUUAAUCACUUCAGAUUUAAGUAUGUGAUUACAAAUUAUUUUGGUCUUUAUUUCUGGCUCUCCAGGAUGAACUUUGAUGACUUCAUCGCCAACUUCACAGACCUCAUCCUGUGUCGCCUUAUCAACACAUCCUACCUGAGUUUGCAUAAGACCUGGGAGGAAUCUGUGAUGCUGGGGUCCUGGCGUCGUCAUGACGACCCGCUUCUCAAUCAUACAGGGGGCUGCACCAACAACAAGCACUCUUUCCUCCAGAACCCACAGUAUGUGAUUGACGUGAAGAAGCCAGAGGACGAAGUGCUGAUCUGUCUGCAGCAGAAGGACCGCCGAGCCACACUGAGAGGGGGCCGUGGAGAAAACCUGGCCAUCGGCUUUGACAUACACAGAGUGGAGUUAAACAGGAUCUAUCGUAUGCACAUCACCCAGCAGAAGGUCGGCGGCAGCACCUACAUCAACUCCAGGUCUGUGUUCGUACGCAUCGACCUGAAAGAGGGGCGCUACGUCAUCAUACCCACGACCUUUGACCCUGGCCUGGAGGGGGAUUUUCUGCUCCGCAUCUUCACUGAUGUGCCGUCUGACUGCAAGGAGUUGACUCUGGAUGAGCCUCCUCACACCUGCUGGUCGGGUCUGUGUGGUUAUCCUUCUCUGGUCACUCAAGUCCACGUACUGCAGGCUGACGGGCUUGCAGGGCAGGAUUCAGGUGGAGUGUCAGACCCCUACGUGAUCAUUCGCUGUGAAGGGAAGAAGGUUCGCUCUCCUGUCCACAACAACACGUGCAGCCCUGUAUUUGAUACCAAGGGUCUGUUCUACAGGAACAAUGCUAACCAGCCAAUCAGCAUAGAGGUUUGUGUUUCGGUGUUUUCUCCAGGAAUGCUGCUGCUGUUGUUGUUGAUGCUCUGCUUCUACAAAAAAGGGUGA